UCGAAAGAAAAAUCUUACAGCCGUAACCUUUCGAAACACCUUUUCAUACUAAUUCCUAGCGUAUACCUAGCGACCUUCGUCCUUCGGCUGGUUUUACGCGCGACAUGGGUGAACCGGGAAAAAAGCGUUUCGUUUUUCUGGUGGAAUGGCGCGGGAGAUGACCGCGGAUGACUGUAAUCGGUGGAUUAUUUACGCAACGAGAACUUAAGAUGGUAUGGAUCGGCGCCUUGGUCGCGCAACCAGUCGGACGGAUCGAAGCCGUCCCAGGACAACCUCCUCGUGGCUGAUGCUCGCCGCGCACGGAAUCUCAAGUUUGGAAGUCUAGGACCGAAUUUAUAGACGUCGACCCCCGCGCCCGCUGUCCUCGUAGUUUGUUCUAGAUUUUAAACCGUAACUACGCUAAUAAAUGAACAAUUCAGGAGAGAGGUUCCUCGUGUACCGGGCCCUCUAUAGCUUCGUGCACGCGCCUAGUCGAUACUCGGUGUCCUGGAAUACCGCGACUGGUUCGCGAGCCAGCCUCCGACUAGCGUCUCGUACGAAUGAAAAUUAUCAUCUGACGCGUUCACUGCCACUGGGUACUUUUCAAGAUUCUCGUGCGAAAAACCAACUUAAUUUAAUCGUAUUAUCUUAUUAUAGUCGAAAGCGUGUAGAAUGUGUAUUUAAAAAAAAAAAGAUCUUACGAAAAGUAUUUGUUUGAUUUUGAACGAUUUUUUGAUUUUUACCACUAAAAUAAACCUGCCGCUAAAUGAAACAGCUCGCGAAGGGGAAGUUUGAGUCUCCGAAGUAGGUCGUUCUUUUUUUAGAUUAGGAACCUUGUACCCUGUCACCUUCGAUUAUGGUUGCUCAUAAUCUGAUAAUUAAGAGCGGGCAAGACAUUGUCGCUUCACCUACUUUUCCCUCGUCGCGAAUAGGGGCCUUGGUCGUCGACUAAGCUGCGAGAUAAUCUACCAGUUUCCGAUAAUACCCGACUCUGCAAAUGCUUCCUAUCAACCACCAUUUUCACUUGUCUUCUUAUAAUAAUAGUAAUAAUAAUAAUAAUAAUAAUAAUAAUAAUAAUAAUCCAACCAGAGGUCCUCCAGAAAAACCCUCCCCCACCUCUAACCCCGUCCCUCAACCUUACAUCGAUCACCAUCGAACAGCCCUGUCUCCUAAAUUUCAAGUUCCCUGAAAAAAACCACAUCCUCAGCGUCCUCCCAAACAGUUCAAUCUCGCGGAAAGCGCCUGCAAUUCGAACGACUGGCAAAAACAACCCCCGUAACCUCUCCUCGUGCCUCUUGAAAAAAAAGAAAAAAGAAAAUCGAGAAAGCAAGUGGAAAACGAGGAGGUUUCGUAAUAGCGUGAUUCGCCCAAGUCAUCGAUUUAGAUGAAAUGGAACAUCGAACUGGGUUAACUCUUUCGAGGAAUCUCGCUGUCGCCUUCGAUCAUCGAACGAUGGUGGGGUUCCCCGGCCGUGACGAUCCUAUCCGCCAGUCACGAAAAAACCCCGGCUGUCAAUUAGAUCGCAUGUGCGCGACUUAAAUGGCUGCGGAACACACAACGUGACUGAACGCGUAAUAAGUUUAAAAAAGGGGGGAUGCCAAGAAGUAUGGCUUCCGCGGUGGUCACUGCCGUGUGCAGUGCGCCAGCUGCUCCCUUCGACGCGGUCAUCAAAGUUACGCCUCGUUGCGUCGCCGAAAACGUAACGUCGUUCAGUCGACCCCUAGAACCAGGCAUAGCAGCUUUGGACGAACAAACAACGGCUAGGAAUUCAACUGGGGAAGCAGAGGCUGGAGUCUCGGAGAGUUGGGUUAAGGAAGGCCUGGGCGAGGCAGUGCCGUUGCUAGACACCUAUAUGUAAACAAAGUGGAUGUUGGAUGAGUCAUCGAGAGGAGGCUAGAGAAUCGAGGGAAAGGACCUGGUGGAGACCUGGCGAAGACUUGGAUGGUUACUUGUAAUCAGAGUCGAGACUUUAGCGGUGGAUGGAGAACGCGUGGACCAGAGUUUCGGAUGAGAGGAGGUCAGAAAAAGGAUUCGAGACAUAAGGAGACCUGGAUUCUCGGGUAGAUCUUUACUAAAUGCAAGGAGAGUCGACGCUUAUCGAUUGGGAGAACCGAUGGGCUAGAGUUUGAAAUGGGACGAAUCUAGAGGCCCAUCCAACAGAAGUCGAGCGACCCACGAGUGUCGGAGGCUUCAGCGUUGACUAAGCGAAUCGAUAAUGGUGAUUCGAGGAGUAAAGUGCGUGUGGAAGCGGCAAACGGGACACCUCCGGAGCCCCGCGUCCAAUCCAAUAGGUUAGGAGUGUAGGUCUAGCAGGAAACGCUUAAGUGGAUCGUCAGAGAUUGGGCCCGGGUUUGCUGGAGUACAGGUUGGCAUUAAUGUGAAAUGCUGGCGUCGAUAGUCGUAAACACACGGGAGGAGAACGUGUUCCAGGUGGACUGUUGGACCAACAGUGGGUCUCGUCACGCGAUUUGAUGGAUCCCGUCGUGGUUAAUGCGCUACUGGGAGGAUUACGUUUCCACGAAGGAUACCCAUCGCGAUAAGCAGCUCGUCCUGCGUGUUCCAGCGUCGUUCUCGAGCGUCGAUCUCCUGCCGAACGAUCCCGAGGAUCUCUGGGGAAUUGGUGGAACGAUGGGUCCUCUUCUCGAGGAGAACAUCUCGGACUGACGCCCAGGAAGUCGUUUGACUGAGUGACUCGACCGGCAGGGGCUUCCCCUUCGAUGGGAUAUCGAUUAAACAGUAGACAAUGACGGGAACCUACUCGAGACUUUGCUCAGCCAGUGACACGGGCACGGUCGUGUUCUUUUGAAGGUCCACCUGUGUCGAUGACGAGGAUGUUGGCCAAGGUCACGAUCCUGCUGACUCUUCUUCGGCUGGGGCUGUCGCUGGAGGAUCGAGCCAUGUGCUCCAGGAAUCGCAGUAUGAUCGAGACCCCUGGCGAUGCUGUGCUGUCCCUGUUCCUGGACAUCAACCAUGGACCCUACUGCAACGUCACGUCUGCCAAGGGUCUCCAAGAAAUCACCACGGCCUUUUACGUGGCGCACGCUCUGAAUAAGUACGAGUUCAUCCCUGGUCUUUCGCUAGGCUUGAAGGUCUUCGACACCUGCCACGACGAGAUGACGGUGUUCAAGCAAUCCUUGCAAGCAGCAGUGGACUCCGACUGCACAGAUCGCUACGAGAUGGGGAUCCUGUUGCCAUCCGAGUACAACGCGAUCCUGGAACCCAUACGCAACUAUAGCGUCUUGCCCAUCAGCACAUACGAGGACCAGAACCUGACCAAGCCUUUAUUAAACCUGAUGGUGCACUACCUCAGCACCAGGUUCGAAAUCGUCGACCUGUUGCUGGUCGACUCCGAAUUCGCGUUGAACUUCUUCCUGGACGCCACCAAGGAGGCCGGCAUCUGCGUGAAAAACUACGCGAAGAAUGUGGAGCUGGACGAAGGCGACACGGAGGCCGUGAUAGCUGUUAUCGGCGGGAGGAACGACGCUCGACAGUGGAUCGAGAAGGGUGAGAAGCUCCAAGGACCCAGGAAGACGUGGAUCGUCCUGCCGUUGGAUGGGUCCAACGUGGACGAUCUCAUACCUCUAGGAUCCUACGUGGUGAGAACGCCACCCUUCAACCUGGACCUACUUCAGGACGUGUCCUCGACGGACGAUUUCCUCGCAGCGGCAGGGAACACGGUGAUCCACUCGUCGCACCUUCUAGGCGUCGGCAAAGCUGUGUUCGAGUUGGCGCAGGUCCUCCAGGACCUCCAGAGGCGGAACUGUCCUCGCAGAACGGAGACCACCUGCCUCCUGCCGCGGUUCAAUCCUCACACAGCUCCAGAGACCCGCAACUCCGACGUGUACAACGCUCUUCGUAUACUGCCGAGGCUCCACUCCAUCAAGUACAUCGUGGCGAUGAGGACUCAGCAGGAAUUGAUCGACAUGGCCACCUACAGGGUGGAGCCGGCGAAUCUCAAGUUUAGGGUCACGCCAGAGUCCAGGGUGCCCAAAAUGCCCAAGCUCUGCUUGAAGAAGUACGCCAGGAACUGCGAGGACUGCCUGAACUUCAAGAAGAGGUUCGGUGCACGCGGUGUGAUCACAGAUACACUCGACAGGGGUUUAUUAAAGUCGGGCAACUGGAUACCAAUUUUCCUGACGGUGGUGGUGUGCGGCACAUUCGCCUGCGGCGUGAUUGCCGUCUUCAUUAUCUACCGCUUCAUCGCGGAGGACGUCCUCGAUGGGAAUCCAGCGCUAACGAUCGUCCUGAUACUGGCGAACAUUUUCACGCUGCUGACGGUCCUUCCGUUCUGCAUCAACGACUACUACGUAGGAGCAGAGGCACUCAACUCCAGAAAGAUCCUGGUGACGACCCUAGCCUUCGGAAUCGACUUCUCCGUGAUGCUAUCCAGGGCCUUCUUCUUGGUGUUCUCCAAGGGUGGAGUGUUCACUGCUCACAUCAACGGAUACCUGCAAGGCUUGAUGGUGUUUUUCAUGUUUGGCGUGCAGUUCGCCAUAUCGAUCAUGUUCUUUGUCCUCAGCGACGAAGACUCCGCCGUCGUCGCGAGGAGCCUUCUCUUCAUUGCUCUGCUGGGUUACGACAUAUUUCUACUGGUGACGUUGUUCGUGGUGUGCUUUUUUAUCGCCCGAUUGCCGCGCAAUUAUCGCGAAGGGAAGUGUUUCUUCGGGACCUCCAUCGGUCUGCUGAUCACCUGGGCCAUCUGGCUGACCUGUUUCAUCUUGGUGGAACCAGAGUGCCGGGACAUGGUGGUCUCCUUCGGCAUCGUCGCCACGGCGUACUUGAUCAUCAUCGGGGUCCUCGUACCGAGGACUUAUUACAUGGUCACCCACCUGGCCAGGGGGAAGGAGUAUGGCCAAAGAUUUGGAUCGACCGAUUUGGGCCACGAUCCAAGGAUCAACUCGAUCAUGAGACAGACACGUCCGUUUUACGAUUACGUGCACCCAGCUGGAGGAAGCGUGACGAACCUGCAGGUCGCGCCCGCGUACCCGAAUUACUAUGGCAGCUCCAGCCCGAACCAGAAGUACCUGACCCACUCGAGGAGCCCCGACUCGAGGAGGAUCCCCGGGUACAACAACUACGGAUUCCACACGGAGAUGCGAGAAUCAAGAACGAGCCCUGGGGAAAGGAGCAGCGUGAAUUCCGCGUACGCCCGCCCCAAGUGCCACAGGAAGAAGAAAACGAAGAACGAGAAAGACUUCGUCGAGACAGACGUCUACGUCGAGAGUAACCACGGGACCGCGAGGAGAUCCCACGAUGAGAUGUAUCCCGUGAGAUCCGUCAGCCCAAGAUUGACGCAAAUGGAGGCGACCAUCCGCGAGGAGGACGAAGAGGACAACGUAACGAGGAUAACGCGAUUCUGAGACUCUAAUCCGCCAGUGUUCAUGUUGUAGUUACGCGCCGAAUAGAGAACUGUGAACCCUCUUCAAAUAAAUCCUUUCGGUUCGAGCGA